UAAGAUAAUUUCAUUCACCAGAGUGAUUGUGCUACAAUUUUACAACAGGAUUGAGAGCCUUUUUUAUUGAUCACUUCAAAUCAACUGUGUUGUUGCAUACAAAUUGGUGCAAAACCACCCAAUCACAUUUAUGACUCUUCUACAUCAGUACACGUGGAAUGUUGAUCUGUAUCAUCGCAUAUUUGUUUAAUCAGGCUAAUAUUUCAUCUGCCUCAUUGGAGUGAUAAUGUGAUGAGAAAAAACUCAAAUUACUGAAACUGAUCAACACAUUCACUUCUGUUCAAAGAGCUAGCUGAGGGAUUUAGUCUAUUUUAAGCCACCCAGAGAUUCAUUCUCUUUUCUAAACACUAGAUUUUGCAGAAAGAAAAUAAAACCCCUUUUUUAGGCAAAAUCAUCUUUUGGCAUCACAGAAUUCACUUGCAAGUUUGGACUUUCUGUCCUUGAGGAGAGCUGGUAGAAUUGGCUAGAGAAAUCACUUUGCUUCCAUGGGCUUUUUGCAUCCUGUGCUUCACUUGCCUUUCUAAGGAGUCAGCAUAGAAGAUCUUGCUGUCUUCAGGUGGACAUCCAUCCCAAAAUCCAGAGGAGAUGGACCUCCCUGGCUGUGGCUCAGUCAGGAGAGCGAAUGGAACUGUGACCCGCCUCAGGGAGACAGACCUCAACAGCUCCUCAGAGCUGGAUUACACCACCCUGCUCCUUCUGCUGGAGGAGUGGUCUCUCACCCCGUCAGGCACCAACAUGAAGAUGUUUAUCAUCUCUCCAGCCGUGUGCCUGGCGGCAGGUGUGCUCAUCAUCCCUACCCUCUUAUUCGUGAUCUUCUCUCGGUUUAGGAUCCGCCAGGAGACAAGGUACAUGCUGCUGGGAAACGCUCUGCUCUCUGAUCUGAUCUACCUGCUGUUCUACACGCUGCUGGCUGCUCUCAAUGCAGCCUACCUGUACCUCCCAAAGGAAGCCUGUGUCCUCCUCUUGUUUCUGCUGGCGGUGGCUUACUGCGGAGGGCUGUUCACAGCUGCUGCAAUUGUCUUGGACACCUGCAUCGCUGUUUUGUUUCCUUUGCGCUACAUUGUUAUUUUGCCUCCUUCACGAACUAAAAAAAUCAUUGUUUUACUGUGGAUGUGCUCCGGAGCUUUCCCGGGGAUUUUCUUCUUGGUGCUAUGGACUACCAACAGCUUUGUGCCCUGUGCCCUGGAAACGUGCUCAGUUCCAGUAAUGCUAAUAUUAGCUCUGAAUGGGACUGAUGUUGUGAAACUCUGUUUCUGGCUCUCUACCACAUUUAUCAUUCUCUGCCUGUCUGUAAUAUUUUGUUGCUAUGCUGUUCUGUAUUUUAAAACCAAACACUCGGGUAUAUGGGAGAGCAUCUGCUCCAGAGCCAGUGUAACAUUCUUGAUGCACAACACUGUGUUAUUUUUUUACUUCUUUCCACUCUUGGCCCUUUUUGUAGAAUCAUUCUUGUGCAUUAAUGCCAUCAGACUGCAGACAGGAAUCUUGGUCUCCCUGACGGUCUGCAACGUCCUCACAAUUCUUCCUAAAGUUUUGUUCCCUUUUCUGUACGGGCUUCGAUACAGAGAGAUCUCAGCCUCUCUCAAAUCUAUUGUCAGGAGGAAGCAGCUUCGCCUGGUGUCCCCUGCUCCACCACCAUCCUGAGGCAGCACAGAGCACAGCCACGGCACAGGAGCUGUCCUCACCUUGUUAUCGUGCAGGACUGAUGGAAAUCACCCAGCUUCUGAAGUGGAGAAGUGAUCAACCCAUGGUAAGAAGACAUGGGUUCACCACUGCCUCCUUCGUGCAGAUCUUUCAUCACAACACAGCUGAGAAUAUAGUGAAUGCUACCCUGGAUGAGGUUCAGAGCUUUGUUCUGAUGUGAAAGGCAGGACCUUCUGGAGCAGAUAUUGAAUUAAGGUCAUUUUCACCCACCUGUUGCAGAUGCCGUUCUGGAAAAAAGAAAAUUAAAAAUAGAUAAUGCAAAGCAAAGGAGUAACUGCAGGUCCAGUGAGAGCAUCACAUACAGCAGAGGAUCCUUAACCAAAUGUGCUGUGAAGACAGCCCCAUUUCUUUCACACAGUGUAUUCUUACAGGGGUAC